CUUCUUCCUUGUCCUUUUGUUCUUUCAUAUAUAUUCCCUUUCCCCUCUCUCUCUCUCUCAUUAAAGUCAAGAGAAUUAAUUAAACCUAGUAUUAUAUAAGGAAAACAGCCUUUAAACAGUCUUGAUCUCCUUCUUAACCACAAAGUAUGUCUACUUCUUCUUCUUCUUCUUCUUCUUCAACCUCUUCUUCUAAUAUCUGGUUAAUUUCUAACAAAAGGCUUCAAUUUUUUUCUCGAAUCCGUCGUUUCCUGCAAUCGAAAGCUGCUCGGAAGCGAUGCACAGACUCUGAACAUGUUGAAGAUAUUAAGAAUAUAUCAACAGCACCGAAGACUAUCAAUCAAGAAGUUAUUCAAGUUACGGUGCAGGAGAAAGAACAGAUUGAGGAUGAUUCUUCUGUGGCGUUACAAAAGUCAGUGAAAAGGCUUCACUUUGGAAGCUGGGAAGAGAAAGAGAUGGCCGCCUUGGAAAUACAGAGAUUUGCUAAAGAAGAUGUGAAGAUUAAAAAGUUGAUGGCUGAGCUUGGAGUUAUUCAUGUGUUGGUCUCCAUGGUGGCCACGGAGGUGGUUGGCCGUCGCCGGGCAGCCGUGCAGGCUUUGAUCGAGCUCGCUAAUGGAACUUACACGAACAAGGCUCUCAUGGUGGAGGCAGGAAUCUUGACAAAAUUACCAAUGAAUGUUGAUAUAGUUGACAAAUUGACAAGGCGAGAAUUCGCAGAAUUGAUGCUGUCAUUAUCUUCUCUAGCGAAUAAACAAUUCCCUCUUUCGUUAUCAGAAAUUGUCCCAUUUCUGGUGGGGAUUCUUGAAUCAGAAUCAAGCCUGGAAACUAAAGAGUUGUGCAUUGGUUCAUUGUACAAUCUCUCUGCAGUGUUGGAAAAUGCAAGGCCUUUGGUCUCUAAUGGGGUGGUAAACACUCUGUUGAAGCUUUGUUCAGCAAAGGAGCUCUCAGAGAAAUCACUUGCAACACUUGGGAACUUGGUGGUGACAUCAAUGGGAAAGAAAGCUAUGGAAGGUAGUCCACUUGUUCCGGACAGUUUGAUGGAGAUUUUGACAUGGGAAGAGAAGCCGAAAUGUCAAGAAUCCUCAUUGUACAUUUUAAUGAUUUUAGCUCAUCAAAGCUUAGCACAGCAAGACAAAAUGGCCAAGUCAGGAAUUGUCCAUGUCAUUCUUGAAGUAGCAUUAGUGGGGAGCCCUCUAGCGCAGAAGAGAGCAUUGAAAUUGUUACAAUGGUUUAAAGAUGAAAGGCAGGCGAAGAUGGGAUCUCAUUCCGGGCCACAAACAGGAAGAAUUGCAAUGGGGUCGCCAGUGAAUCCGAGAGAGGCGCAAGGGGGAAGGAAAUUGAUGAAGAAUUUGGUGAAACAAAGUCUGCAUAAGAAUAUGGAAAUUAUUACAAGGAGAGCAAAUGCUGCAGAUGAUUCUUCCAAACUCAAGUCCCUGGUGAUAAGCACAAGUUCUAAGAGCUUGCCUUACUAAAAAAUCUCAUCAAUUUGCCUUUUCUUGUGAAGAAGAAGCUAGUGACUUGAAAAUUUGUACAUCAUAAAACAAUAAAAACCAAAUUUUCAGAUAUGGGGAAGCUUCCCUUUGGAUAAUGAAAAUGAUAUAGCUUCAUUUUUUCA